GAUAAAUGAGCGUUAAAUCGUUUUGUCCUGUUACAAAUUGCUACACUCUUCAGCGAAAUGGAUCGUUGGUACGGAAAAGUAGCUGUGGUAACUGGAGCGAGUUCUGGAAUUGGAGCAGCAAUUGCCGCAAAACUGGUAGAAUAUGGAAUGCAGGUCGUUGGGUUGGCAAGAAGAGUUGAAAGAGUCGAAGAAGCAGCAAAAACUUUGACAAAUCUUCCUGGAAAACUGUAUGCCUUCAAAGUAGACAUAACUCAAGAUUCGGAUAUAAUCGCAGCCUUCGAAUGGACAGAAAACAAUUUAGGUCCGAUCCACGUGCUGAUAAAUAAUGCUGGAUGCACCAGGAGGACGAACCUGAUCGAAGGAGAUGCCCAAAUGUGGAGAGAUAUUAUCGGCACCAAUUUGAUUGGAGUGUGCGUGGCUACGAAGGAAGCGGUGAAAUCAAUGAGGACCAACAACAUAGACGGUCAUAUUGUCCAUGUGAACAGUGUCGGAGGUCAUCGAAUUCUGUACUUUGGUAACAUGUAUUCACCUAGCAAGCACGCCCUAACCUGCGUCACGGAAAUCAUGAGGAAGGAACUGCUGGAGAUUGGCAAAAUCAAAGUUUCAAGCAUCAGUCCGGGUAUAGUCGACACCGAAAUGCUCGAGAAGACUUACACCAAAGAACAGAUAGAGCUUCUUCCGAGAUUGGAUCCGCAAGAUAUCGUUGAUGGUAUCGUUUACAUCCUCGGGACAAGACCCAAUGUGCAGGUGCACGAGCUUAUAAUCAAACCAAUUGGAGAACAGGUUUAAAUCUGAAACAGCAUAUUGAUAAUUUGAUAAAUCAAUAUUUUGUAAACACUUGACUUUCUCAAAUCUUUAUACAUUUUUCUAUCAUAUUAGAUCAAUAUAAAACACUUCAAGUAUGUGUACAAA